AUCUGAUGCCCAGGAAACUCAGUUGAGGAGGACUGAAGGUGUAAUGUAAUGUUGUUUACAGUAGUGGCUGCUGGACAACUUUCGUCUCUACUGUGCUAUUUACUUACUUUACUGUGACAUAUUACUGGAAUACACAUUUAUUGCGUCUAUUAAAGUGUCCAGUACCAUUACAUAAAGUAAUCAACAUAAAAGCUUGUCAGUGGAUGUGUGAGAAGGAACUUAUCUUAGCAUCAAGAGGCCAUCAUAGCCAAAGAUGAUAACCUACAGAGGUCAUACAGUAGCUUCAAGAGAUAAAGGCUUUUGGGAAGUUUAAUGCUGUCACAUCCAUCAGUUGUGUUGUUAUGGGUUACUGCCCUGCCAGAAACGGCCAGAACCAGCCAAGAACCGUUCCUUAGAAUUAUGGUAAAGAAUAAGCCAAUGUGAUGGUUACUGAACACUUUCCAGAGAACAUAGUUAAACAUGAUUAAGGUAUACAGUGUUAGUAUGUUAACAGAUUACCAUGUGUUAAGUUUGAAAUAUGAAAGAUUACUGGUAAUACCUGUACAGUAUGUUGAAAAUACAGUACAGUACAGUAUAUCCUAAGAUGAGAAGAUUGUUCACUUGUCAAAUAUUGCAGUGGUAAUUAUUGUCACAAGGUUUGAUGUGUUUCUAUUAGAAUACAUUUUGCACACGGGAAAUAUUACAAAGAUAAAAAUGAUUUAUGUGAGUAAAGUGAUAUUGAUGCAAUUACAGUACUGUACUGUACUCUUGAAAUGUUGGAGUGUAAAGUGUUGUCUCAAGUUUUGCAUUGUUUCAAAAUUAAGAUACUCGAGUGCCUACUGACCUUUUGUGCUUGUGUCCAUUAACAGGAAAAGUUCAGUGAAAAAAUUUGUGUUAAACCUCUGGUACUCUUGGCCUUGAUUUGAAAUCUCACCCCCUCGCAGUCUUUUGACGUAGGUUGCGUUGGUAACAGGAAUGUUUUUUCAUUUUAAUAAACAUUGGGAAGAGCGAUCCAGACCCAAAUUGCACCUUUAAAGAUGCAUCUGCCAUCCCACGAGGCUGGCAAGUUUCUGCUUACAGGAGGGUUGCUAUCAGUGUGAGAUACGGCUGAGCAGAAGGGGUGCUUAGCGUCGCAAUUUGCGUUGAAAGACCACGAGAGGGUUAUGUUUUCUUGUGCAUUCUGGUGAGACGAGAUAAUUUGUGGUGAGGGUUUCUCGGACGAGUUGUGUGAAGAACCUAGUGCAUGUAGUACAGAAUCAUGAAAAGAAAUUAAUUCAUCCGUGCAGAGGGUGAUAAGUUUGACACUGAAUAUUAUACACCCAAACAUAGUACUGAUAGGAAGGACUUACUUAAACUGUACAGUGUAGUAAAGGGUAUUAAACAUGGCUCACUGUAUGGAUCAAAAUGCUAUGUACAUUGAUGAAAACAAUUCCGAGUGUACGAAAUGUGGCGAAAUUCUUUACAGUAACGACUAUUUACCGUUUCAUCUGUGCAAGACUGAGAACAAUGAUGAGAAAGAUAUCAAAUGUGAGGGGUUUGAUGAAAGCUUUGACAGUAUGUGUGAUAUGACACAGCAGAUGUCAGUGCGCCCUCGUGAGAAAAGUUUUAGGUGUGAAGAGUGUGGCAAAAGUUAUCACAGAAAGAGCAAACUGGAGGAUCACAUGGCGGUACACAACAACAAGAGGAAGUUUAAGUGCGAUGAAUGUGGUAAAUAUUUUAAAAGGAAAAAGACUCUGCUGGUUCAUAAAGUCAUACACACUGGAGAGAAGAAUUUUUUAUGUGAAGUUUGUGGUGGGAGAUUUAGCCAGAAGAGUAUGCUGGAUAACCACAUGUCCAGCCACGCUGAGGAGAAAAUAUUUAAGUGUGAGAUGUGUGAUAAUAGUUAUUCAUUGAAGGGUAAUCUGAAGGAACACAUGUUGUCUGUACACUGUAGGGGCGAGAAGAUAUUUCAGUGUGAUACUUGUGGCAAGAGAUUUUAUACACAGAGUUUUCUUCAUAAGCAUAUGGCUAAACACACUAGAGAGAGGAGGUUUCAGUGUGAAGUGUGUGGGAAGCAGUUUUACACCCAGAGCAGUGUUAAGCGCCACAUGGUCUUGCACACUGGUGAUAAGGACUUAAAGUGUGGAGAGUGUGGCAAAAACUUCUACACCAAAGUUAGUAUGAAGCAGCACAUUCUGGCAGUACAUACUGGAGUAAAAAAAUUCAAGUGUGAAGAAUGUGGUGAAGGUUAUUGUACAAAAAUUCAGCUGAAGGAACACAUGGCUUUACAUCUUGGCAAGAAUAAUUUCUCUUGUACAGAGUGUGGGAAAAUUUUUUCUAGAAAGGGAACCUUGAAAGGGCAUAUGGCUGUCCACACAUCUUAGAAGUUUAAUCAGUGUGAUAUAUGUUUUAUCCCUAAAAAGUUCUUUAGAAAAUCAAGCACUUGUGCCCACAGGUAAGAAAUACUGUACUGUACAGGUAGUGUGAAGACUUGCACACAAAUGUACCAGGUGACAAGAAAAUAUUGUGAUUUUUCUUUUAGGUAAUGCUACUGUAAAGUGUGUCAGGUCAUACACACUGACAAAAAUAAAAUUUCACUGUGACAGGUGAUAAAAGUUUAUAAACAAAAUAUAGUAUGGCAGAACAUUGUAUUUUGUAUGCUAAAAAAAAGUUACGUUGUGAAAAAGUAAUGAUGUUUUAAAGACUGUAGUAAAAGUUAUUACAGGGUAUUUAUGAAAAUUACUUUAAACUGAGACUUGGAUGUGCAUAAUGGUGAGAUAAAUAUCCACAGAUAAAUAUCCAGUGUGUAUGGUGAAAGUUUGCAGAAGAUGACCUGUACAUUGGGGCGUAUGAACAUACAUACUGGUAAUAUAAAUUCAUUAGCUAGUGGUAUUAAAGGUCAAUACUCUUUAACUGUAAGAUUGUGUGCUCUUGAGAAAGUGUCAAAAUACCGUUGUUUCAAACAGAGGGUUGGAGGAAUGAGGGACAGACAAUUGACCUGACCAGCCAGAAAUAAAUAUAAUUAAGUGAAAGAACUUCCCUUGAGCUCAGUAUUCUUGCUUGCUCCCAGUAUAUAAGAGACUCCCAGGAUGUAUUUUAAAUCAACAAGUAUAGUAAGGUAGUUAUUUAGCUUGUGUAACUGAUACGUCUUCAUUAAGCUCACAAUUUAUGGAACUGGACACCAUAAUACACUUUAUAUAACCUUUUAUAAAUGACAAAGAAUUAAUGAGAUAUGUAUCACCAUUUUUCUUGUGUUGUAUUUUAACAUAAUGUUGUCAAGAGUACAAAUAAACAAUGUAGAUACUGUACCAGAACACCCCACUCGUCCAUCUGCAUAUCUUCAUACAUUGUCUUGCCAUAACCGGUAUUUAAUUUGCAGGAUUAAGCUGAAAGUAUCCAAUAGAGAGUAAGAGUGUAUAUUUCUUUGUGUAUACGUAUAAUAGAUUACCCAACAACAAUAUACCAUGUACUGUACUGUACAGUACUGUAUAUUAAAACUAUUUAAUCAA